CAAUGGGAGAGAGCCUCAUUUACUGUGCGUAAUACAUAUGCUGCUACUAGCCUGCUAGUGGGGUUGCUAACAGGAAUCAAGAUGGAUUCUCACUCACUGGAACCAUCCUUAUACACCGUCAAAGCAGUUCUGAUUCUGGACAACGAUGGAGACCGGCUCUAUGCCAAGUAUUAUGACGACACAUACCCGACAGUGAAGGAGCAGAAGGCAUUUGAGAAGAACAUAUUCAACAAGACACACAGGACGGACAGUGAGAUAGCGUUACUCGAAGGCCUUACUGUUGUCUACAAGAGCAACAUAGACCUCUUCUUUUAUGUGAUUGGAAGUUCACAUGAAAAUGAGCUUAUGCUUAUGGCUGUUCUAAAUUGCCUCUUUGAUUCACUCAGUCAGAUGUUGAGAAAAAAUGUUGAAAGGAGAGCUUUGUUAGAGAAUAUGGAGGGGCUCUUCUUGGCUGUGGAUGAGAUCGUGGAUGGAGGUGUGAUCCUAGAGAGUGACCCGCAGCAAGUUGUGCACCGUGUGGCUCUUAGGGGGGAUGAUGUGCCUUUGACAGAGCAGACAGUCACCCAGGUUCUUCAGUCCGCCAAAGAACAGAUCAAAUGGUCGCUUCUACGAUAAAUCCACACCUAUACCAGUCUGCCAGUUAACCACUGUUCAGCCCAGUCUUCAUGGCACUGAUCCACAUAUUCCUUUUCCUCCGAUUUCCACUUCCUCAAUCAAAGCUGCGAAGAGUGCCACUGGCAGAUCCAGUCACACUCCCAGGACUAUUGCUCGAUAAAGUUUCAUUUUCCCUUUUUUUUCCUUUCUUUCUUUUUGAGCAGACUUGUAUUGUAUGACAUAAUCCACACGAGGGUGAGAUAAGGUGUACAUUCCAGUACCAGGGCUGGCAUGUUCUGUUAUGUUUGUUUGGUUUUUAAUUACCGAACCCGGGUGUUUAUUAACCCAGUGAAUUGCUCUAUUAGACAGUGAUAAACUUCAACAUAGCCUGUGACAACAUUCCAUGUGUCUCCUAGAACAAGAAUUUAAUCCCAUUCGACGGAACCCUAUCACCUCUAGAUUACUGUUCUAAGUUUUGAGGCACUAUCUCUAUUACUUAAUGUACAUGAUUAUUGUGAUGAAAAAGUAUACAUCUAGUACUGUAGUCAUACCACUGAUCACAGAGGUAUGUUUUACAUUCAUUUUGUCUGGGAAUUUUCCACCAUCAGAUACUACUAAUAAAUGUUUCUUGACACUG